CCCGCAGCAGGCGUUGUGUCCAUCGGGGCGGACCAGCCGCUAGAGCUCUCCAGAAACUCCAGUCUCCAGAGAGGCAUCAUGAGCUUCUGGAAGUCCUCCCCCUUCUUGGCUUUCAGCAUCUUGGUCCUAUGCCAGGCAGGCAGCCUCCAGGCGGCACCAUUCAGGUCUGCCUUGGAGAGCCUCCCAGACCCCACUGGGCUCAGUGAGAAGGAAGGCCGCCUCCUGCUGGCUGCCCUAGUGAAGGCCUACGUGCAGAGGAAGGCAAAUGAACUGGAGCAGGAGCCGGAGGAGAUGGAGGGCUCCAGCAUCACUACCCAGAAGAGAUCCUGCAACACUGCCACCUGCGUGACCCAUCGGCUGGCAGGCUUGCUGAGCAGAUCUGGAGCUGUGGUCAAGAACAAUUUUGUGCCCACCGAUGUGGGCUCUGAAGCCUUUGGCCGUCGCCGCAGGGACCUUCAUGCCUGAGCAGCUACUGGACUCCAGGAAGAAGGUAACCAUGAAGCUGAACUCACCACUUCUAUUAAUUUCUGUUGACAACACUUGGUGAGAAGGCCCCAUGGAAGAUAUACAUGUUUGCAUCCCAAUAGAUACUGGAAAAAAAAAAAAAAAAGCACCUUUGUCACUUGAAAGGAAUGAAACUGAAUGCAAAAUAAGCUAAUUCCAUAUGUAUUGUGUAUUUUUUUUUUAUAUUUGAUUCUGUGUGCAGUGUGAUGGCAUCUAUUAUUGGCCUAUCUGGUAGCAAAUGGGUUCUCUGAGAGCUAUCCUGUUGAUCAUGGUGGCUCUGCCAAACCUUAGCGGGGGCAAUAAAUCAUUGCCUUCAUGGCUUCUAGGGACACAUGGGAACAGUGAUGCUUUGCCUUGUUGUCUAAGAACAUGAUUGUAUACUUUGUUUAAGGAAAU